CGGUGAGCAGAAAUCCCAGGCUCUGGCCCCAGGGAAGCUGCCCUCCUCUGAGUGCUGCCAUGAACAACUUCCAGACCAUCCUGACUCAGGUCCGGAUGCUGCUCUCCAGCCAUCAGCCAAGCCAGGUGCAGGCCCUCCUGGACAACCUGUUGAAGGAGGAGCUUCUCUCCAGGGAGUAUCACUAUGCCCUGCUCCAUGAGCCUGAUGGUGAGGCUUUGGCCAGGAAGAUCUCCUUGACCCUGCUGCAGAAAGGAGACCCAGAUUUGGGCCUCUUGGAAUGGGCCUGGAGUGAGCUGCAGGGUCCAGUGGUCGAGAAGGACCCCAGCUACAAGGACCAUGGUGGCAGUGGACAGUGUGCUACCAUGGAGUUGGGGCCUCUGGAAGGUGGGUACCUGGAGCUUCUCAACAGCAGUGCCGACCCUUUGCAGCUCUACCACCUCUAUGACCAGAUGGACCUGGAUGGAGACGAAGAGACUGAGCUCUGCUCUGAACCUGACACAGACACCAUCAACUGCGAACAGUUCAGCAGGCUGUUGUGUGACAUAGAAGGGGACGAAGAGACCAGAGAGGCUUAUGCCAAUAUCGCGGAACUGGACCAGUACGUGUUCCAGGACUCCCAGUUCGAGGGCCUGAGCAAAGACAUUUUCAUCGAGCACAUAGGAUUAGAAGAAAUGAUCAGCGAGACUGUGGAGGUGCUGGAGGAAGCAGGACAAAAAUGUCAAAAAAGACCCUUCCCAGAGGAGCUGCCUGUGGACCUGAAGCACAGGAAGCUGGCUGAACCCCUACCUGUGCCCAUGGUGACUGGUACUUUUCUGGUGGGGCCAGUGAGUGACUCCUCAGCUCUGCCCUGCCCAUCACCACCCGCUGUGUUCAACAAGGAACCAACAUCUGCCCAGAUCCAGCUGGAGGAACCCAUCCUGUGGCCUGUGCCCCUCUCGAGUUCCUUGUCAAAUUGCCUGAGUCUCCCAGCCGGACCCAUCCACGUCACCUCCACUCUCCCUGCUCUGCCCCAGGGGCUCUGGCAGAUCUCAGGGACUGGGACAGAGGUGUCCAGUAUCCUCAUCUACCAAGGUGAGAUGCCCCAGGCCAGCCAAGCACCCCCUUCCAGCAGUCCAGCUAUCCACAGCCUCCCAAAGUCCCCAGACCGGCCUGGCUCCACCAGUCCCUUCACCCCAUCCGCAACUGACCUUCCCAGCAUGCCAGAGCCUGCCCUGACCUCCCGCGCAAACGUAACAGAGGACAAGAUGUCUCCCACCCAAUGCCUGGCAGCUGACGAGGUCUCCAGCAAGCUUCCAAAAUGGCCUGAGAGUGUGGAGCAGUUUUGCCGCUCGCUUCGGGACAAGUACCAGGCUGAGCCCGCAGGCCUGGAAGGCAUCCUGGUGGAGGUGGGCCUGGUGCGGGCACGGCUGGAGAGGAGCAGCAGCAAGAGCCUGGAGAGGGAACUGGUCACCCUGGACUGGGCAGAGCAGCAGCCAGCCCACAGGGGUCUGGCCGAGGUGCUGCUUGCUGCUGGUGACCGCCAGUGGCUGCGUGAGACACGGGUGAUCGCUGUGCUGGGCAAGGCAGGACAGGGGAAGAGCCACUGCGCCCGGGCAGUGACCCGGAGCUGGGCCUCUGGCGAGCUGCCGCAGUACGACUUUGUCUUCUACUUGCCCUGCCACGGUGUGGACCGUUCAGGGGACACCUACCGCCUGCAGGAUCUGCUCUUCUCCCUGAGCCCGCAGCCACGGCCGGUGGACAGCGAGGUCUUUGGUCACAUCUUGAGGAGGCCUGACCGCGUUCUGCUCAUCCUGGACGCCUGUGAGGAGCUCGAAGCCCAAGAGGGCCUCGUGCACAGUACAAGCCAACCCAUGUCCAGGGAACCCCGCUCCCUUCGGGGGCUGCUAUCCGGCCUCCUGCAGCGCAAGCUGCUGCGAGGCUGCACCCUGCUGGUCAUGGCCCGGUCCCGGGGCCGCCUGGCCCAGAGCCUCAGCAAGGCUGACGCCCUGUUCCAGAUGGCCGGCUUCUCCACCGAGCAGGCUGAGACCUACCUGGCGCGCUACUUUGAGCAGUCGGGGGCCACCCGCCACCAGGAGAGAGCCCUGGCACUCCUCCGGGGUCAGCCGCUCCUUCUCAGUCACUGCCACAGUCCCACUGUGUGCCGGGCCGUGUGCCAGCUCUCGGAGGCCCUCCUGGAGCUGGGAGAGGCGGCUGAGCUGCCUUCCACACUUACCGGACUCUACGUUGGCUUACUAGGCCCAACAGUCCGUGACAGCCCCCCAGGGGCCCUGGAGACACUGGCCAGGCUGGCCUGGGAACUGGGCCGCAAACAUCACAGCACCCUGCAAGAGGACCAGUUCCCUUCAGUGGAGGUGAGGGCCUGGGCUGUGGCCAAAGGCUUGGUGCAGCCCGCCCCUGGAGCCCCAGAGACCGAGCUGUUCUUCCACAGCUUCCUCCUGCAGUGCUUCUUGGGGGCCGUGUGGUUGGCUCUCAGCAGUGAGAUCAAGGACAAGGAGCUGCCGCAGUAUUUGGCAUUAACCCCAAGGAAGAAGAGACCCUAUGACAACUGGCUGGAGGGCGUGCCGCGCUUCCUGGCCGGGCUGGUCUUCCAGCCUCGAGCCCGCUGCCUGGGAGUCCUGGCAGGCCCGGCGGUGGCCGCGGUGGCGGACAAGAAGCAGAAGGUGCUCAGCAGGUAUCUGAAGCGGCUGCAGCCAGGUUUGCUGCAGGCAGGGCGGCUGCUGGAGCUGCUGCACUGUGCCCAUGAGGCGUCGGACGCUGGCCUUUGGCAGCAUGUGGUGCAGGGGCUCCCUGCUCACCUCUCCUUCCUGGGUACCCGGCUCACACCUCCAGACAUCCACGUACUGGGCAGCACCUUGGAGACAGCGGGCCGUGACUUUUCUCUGGACCUCCGCAGCACUGGCAUUGAACCCUCUGGACUCAGGAGUCUCGUGGGACUCAGCUGUGUCACCCGUUUCAGGGCCGCCUUGAGCGACACGGUGGGGCUGUGGGAGUCCCUCCAGCAGCGUGGGGAGGCCAAGCUGCUGCAGGCGGUGGAAGAGAAGUUCACGAUUGAGCCUUUCACAGCCAAGUCCGUGAAGGACGUGGAAGACCUGGGCAACCUGGUGCAGAUCCAGAGGACACGAAAUUCCUCAGAAGACACACCUAGGGAACUCCCCGCCAUCCGGGACCUAAAGAAACUGGAGUUUGCGCUGGGCCCUGUCUUGGGCCGCCAGGCUUUCCCCAAACUGGUGAGGAUCCUUGAGGCCUUUUCCUCCCUUCAGCAUCUGGACCUGGACUCGCUGAGCCAGAACAAGAUCGGGGAUGAGGGCGUCACGCAGCUCUCGGCCACCUUCCCUCAGCUGAAGGCCCUGGAGACCCUCAACUUGUCCCAGAACAGCAUCACUGAUGUGGGCGCCUGCAAACUCGCUGAGGCCCUGCCCUCACUGGCUGCAUCCCUCCUCAGUCUGAGCUUGUACAAUAACUGCAUCUGUGACGUGGGAGCCGAGAGCUUGGCACACGUGCUUCCAGACAUGGUAUCCCUGCGGGUGCUGGACGUCCAGUACAACAAGUUCACAGCCGCCGGGGCCCAGCAGCUCACCGCCAGCCUGAGAAAGUGCCCACAUGUGGAGACACUGGCGAUGUGGACACCCACCAUCCCUUUUGGUGUCCAAGAACACCUGCAGCAGCUGGACUCCCGGAUCAGCCUGAGAUGACCCCCGCUGUGCCAGGGAAAAGCACCUAAUCUGAGGACACUGAGCACACUGGACCUUGAACUGGGUUAUCUGUGGACACAGCUCUUCUCAGGUCAUAUCCUGUGAGCCUCAGUGUCCUGGCACCAGCCGGGCUGGCUGUGGAAAGACCCCAUGGCCUGCUCUGUGGACAGACCCAGGCCCGGCUCCAGGCUCCUUCAGAGCCCAGGUGAUGUCAGCCCUACUCAGCUGCUGCAACCCCGGCAGACAGGCGGGCGCCUGCUGGCAGCUGUGGUCCGCCCCGGAGACCUGGCGCGUUUUCUACAGGAUACUCCAGAGUCGUGGCCAGGCCAGAGCGAGGAACUGAGGCAGCCACAUCUCCGCCUCCCCAGGCCCCUGCCAGCCUGGGAGAAAGCACUUCUCCAGGCUGCUGUCCUCACAGGGCGCACUUGGCACUUUGAGGAUACCAGAAGGGAACCCGACCUGCCAAUUCCCAGAGGCUGGGAGUGAGGCAGCUGCGCUCUCUCGGUGGGACUCACCGUUUGCCCUGUUUGUUUGCUGAGGCCAGAGCCAGGCCUGGCCGGGUGCACUGGACCUUCGCUGGAUAACACCAGACUGCACGCUGAUGGAGGAGGGGAGCGGGACGGACUGGGGCGCAGCUGCCUUUCACUGCAACGUGAAUGGUUCCUCCAGUCCCACAGGCAGGUCCGGUGUUGGAGUUUAUGGCAUGAUUACCAUGUUGGGGUGCCCACUGAUCCGGGGACUGAAUGUACCACAAACCACCCCGAAAUGUAGUGCUUACAACAACACAUACGUUUAUUCUGCUCACAUACGUGUUGUUUGGACUCAUCUCUGUCCCACUCAGUGUCAGCUGGGGUCAUCUGAAGGCUUGCUCACUUGAUACUGGCUCGUGGCUGGGGGCCUCGGUUCCUCUAAGGAACUGUCAGUGGGGGACCUCUCCACAUGGGCUAGUUUGGGCUUCUGCACAGCACACUGGCUGGGCUAUAGGGUGGUCGCCCAAAAAGGAAGAGAGUGGGGGAAGAGAGGGAGAAAGAACAGAGAGAAGUUGUACCCUUUUUAUAACCCAAUCUUAGAAGUCACACAUCAUCACUUCUGUCCUAUCCUUUGUCCAUUGUGACAGGGACCACCACUCUCCUCUCCCUGCUACACGUGUGUGCGCAACACACAGCAGAGUCCGCUUGGUCCAAGUCCUGUCUUUUCAGAAAGGAUUUUCUUUAUGACGUGCUAAGAUUCGGGGGGAGAUUCAUUAUUAGGGGAGCAGCAAGGUCAAAGCACCAUGAGCCUUGCAGAGGGGGUGCUUCCCUCUGCCUCUGACCCCCCUGUAUCCUGGGAGCCAUCCCUUGCCCAGCUGGGGUUCUGCCUCAGCCAAAGCAAGCCUGGAAGGGACUUGGCAGCUUCGCUCUCCACCGGAGAGCUGCCAGCUCGUCUGCUGUUGUUUUGCACUGGGGCACGGCCUGCUCACUCAGAGCCCUGGUUUCGGAUGACUUGGCUUUGGCAGCAGUGGGAGCUGACUGUUCAGCUCUAGUGCAUCGCCUUGAUGCCUGGACCCAUACUCUCCUCCUCUUCCCAGCAACUGGGAGUCAGGGGCAGGGGGUAUCUCAGGGGUUACCGGGCUACCUGGUUGGCAAUCCUUGUAGAGAGACGGGCACCUUCCGCCUUGGGCAUCAGGUGUUGUGACCUAGGUUUGGGCUUUAAGUAGCUCCGGCGCCACCUCCCAGGGUUUCCCUGCAUUCAUGGACUUUGUGCGGACACAGUGAUGAUCACCAAGCCAAUAUCCCCCCAUUUGAGGUGUCUGCCGCACCCUUGGCCAGACGGGAGGGCACUACUGUACUCACUGCUUUGGGUCUAUUCAGAGAUGACAAAAUGAGAUCAGAGGCUAUAAUUAUUCCGAGUAAUGAUUUUUAAGGAUGGCUACCAUUAUUAAAUGAAUUCAUACAUGUAGAGCACUAACCACAGUGCAAAGGACAUCAUACGUGCUCAAUAAAUAUUAGCAAUGAUUAUUACUUUGUGUCAGGCACCGUGCUAAGCCCUCCCUACUCAGGAGGGACCAGAGCCUAGGGUCAGCAGCACAGACUCUAGAGGUAGAUCACUUGGACUCAAUGCCCAGCUCACCACCUGUGCAAAUUACUUCUGUGCCUCAGUCUCCCCAUAUGUAAAAGGGGCAUACUCAUAGCACCAUCUUCAUUAUGCGGUUAUGGGAGACUCAGUGAGCCAACGCACUGAGAACAAGAGCCUGGCUUACAGCUCAAUCCAUGUUAGUUGUCCUUGUUACACAUGAAUGUGUUUCACUCUAGCCUUUGCGUGGAAUGUUAUUGGUAGUUCUUCCCAUGGCUGACUUCUUCUCAUCCCUCAGGACUAAGUUCAAAGGACAGUCCCUUAGGAAGGCGUGUCAGAUCACUCCAUUAAACAGACACCCCCUCCCCACUCUCCAGCC